GACCGGCUGGACUUAAAGGGGACGCGGCCCGAGUGGCGGUUCGCGGGGUAGACCCCGCUCCGGCUCCGCCCCGUUUCCCGCACCUCGCCCCUCCCCCCACUUCGCCCCGCAGCUCCGCGGCCGCGCCGCUGAGUCGGACUGCCUGGCUACAUGCUUGUGCAGAGUGGGGUGGAGAGGUUGGACUUUGCAGUGGAAGCAGCAUCCCUGCUGUCUGGGACCUGGCGGAGGGCGUCCCCACUUCGGGGGAAGCAAAGGGCAGCCCUGACCUAUCCUGGCCUAGACUGGUCCUGCCCAGCCUGAGCCCUCCGUCCAGGAGCCGGCUCUGAGGCAGGGGCUACUGUGGUCCCCGAGCGCAGCUACUAUGGACAAGAUCCUGGAGGCGGUAGUGACGUCAUCAUACCCGGCGAGCGUGAAGCAAGGGCUGGUGCGCCGCGUGCUUGAGGCUGCGCGGCAGCCGCUGGAGAGGGAGCAGUGCCUGGCCCUGCUAGCACUGGGCACGCGUCUCUACGUGGGCGGUGCGGACGAGCUGCCGCGCCGUGUGGGCUGCCAGCUGCUGCAUGUGGCCGGCCGCCACCACCCCGAAGUCUUCGCCGAGUUCUUCAGCGCACGCCGCCAGCUGGUGCGCUGCCUCGGUCGCUUCCGUUGCCCCGCGGAGGGCGAGGAGGGUGCCGUGGAAUUCCUGGAGCAGGCCCAGCAGGUGAGCGGGCUUCUGGCGCAACUGUGGCGUGCUCAGCCCGCCGCCAUCCUGCCCUGCCUCAAGGAGCUGUUUGCCGUUAUCUCCUGCACAGAGGAGGAGCCGCCGUCGAGUGCCCUGGCCAGUGUGGUCCAGCACCUCCCUUUGGAGCUCAUGGAUGGUGUCGUCCGGAACCUCAGCAAUGAUGACAGUGUGACUGACUCCCAGAUGCUGACUGCCAUUAGCAGGAUGAUCGACUGGGUGUCCUGGCCCCUGGGGAAGAACAUUGACAAGUGGAUCAUUGCACUGCUGAAGGGCCUGGCCGCUGUUAAGAAGUUCAGCAUCUUGAUCGAGGUUUCACUCGCCAAAAUUGAGAAGGUUUUCUCCAAGCUUCUGUACCCCAUUGUCCGGGGAGCUGCCUUGUCUGUCCUUAAGUACAUGCUCCUGACCUUCCAGCACUCCCAUGAGGCCUUCCACCUGCUUCUCCCUCACAUCCCCCCAAUGGUGGCCUCUCUGGUCAAGGAGGACUCCAACUCGGGGACCAGCUGCCUGGAGCAGCUGGCAGAGCUGGUCCACUGCAUGGUGUUCCGGUUCCCAGGCUUCCCAGACCUGUACGAACCCAUCAUGGAGGCCAUCAAGGACCUCCAUGUUCCCAAUGAGGACCGAAUCAAACAGCUGCUGGGGCAGGAUGCCUGGACCUCGCAGAAGAGUGAGCUGGCCGGCUUUUACCCCCGGCUCAUGGCCAAGUCAGACACGGGCAAGAUCGGUUUAAUCAACCUGGGCAACACGUGCUACGUGAACAGCAUCCUUCAGGCCUUGUUCAUGGCUUCCGACUUCAGACACUGUGUGCUCCGUUUGACUGAGAACAACUCGCAGCCCUUGAUGACCAAACUGCAGUGGCUCUUCGCCUUCCUGGAGCACAGCCAGCGGCCAGCCAUUUCUCCGGAGAACUUCCUGUCUGCAUCCUGGACACCCUGGUUCAGCCCUGGCACCCAGCAGGACUGCUCAGAGUACCUAAAGUACCUGCUGGAUCGGCUGCACGAAGAGGAGAAGACCGGGACAAGGAUCUGCCAAAAGCUCAAGCAGUCCAGCUCUCCCUCCCCACCUGAGGACCCCCCUGGCCCGAGUUCAACCUCUGUGGAGAAGAUGUUUGGGGGCAAGAUUGUGACUCGGAUACGUUGUCUCCGCUGCCUCAACGUCUCCUCCAGGGAGGAGGCAUUCACGGACCUCUCUCUCGCCUUUCCCCCACCCGACCGCUGCCGCCGACGCCGCGUGGGCUCAGUGAUGCUCCCUGCAGAGGACAUUGGCGCCCGGGACCUCCCUCCGCCAUCCCGAGCCCAGGUGCCAAGCAGGACGGGUCCUCAGAGGCAGAGGAAACACUGCAUCACAGGGGACGUCCCCCCCGCCAUCCUGGACAUUGAAAGCCUGGGCCCCCAGGGGCCCCGGGGACAGAGCAAUCUGGAGGAGAAGGUGGAGAGGGAGGAGGAGGCGGAGGAGGAAGAAAGGACCAGGGAGGAAGAGGAAGAGAAGGAAAAGGGGGACGAGAAAGUGGAGGAAGAGAAGAAGAAAAUGGAGAAGGAGACGGAGAAGGAGGCUGAGGCGGAGGCCGAGAAGAAGGAAGCAGCCAACCCCGGCCCAGGGACCCGCAAGGAUGCCACUGCCCCUGCUAGCGAGGGCUCCCGUUCCGUCCUGGACCUGGUCAACUACUUCCUGUCCCCUGAGAGGCUGAUGGCAGAGAACCGCUACCACUGCGAGUCGUGCGCCUCGCUGCAGGACGCGGAGAAGGUGGUGGAGCUGAGCCAGGGGCCGCGCUACCUCAUCCUCACGCUGCUGCGCUUCUCCUUCGACCUGCGCACCAUGCGGCGCCGCAAGAUCCUGGACGACGUGUCCAUCCCACUGCUGCUGCGCCUGCCGCUGGCCGGGGGCCGGGGCCAGGCCUACGACCUCUGCAGCGUCGUGGUGCACUCCGGGGUGUCCUCGGAGAGCGGCCACUACUACUGCUACGCCCGUGAGGGCACCGCCCGCCAGGCCCUGAGCCUGGGAGCCGCUGACAGGUCCGAGCCCGACAACCAGUGGUACCUGUUCAACGAUACGCGGGUGUCCUUCUCCUCAUUUGAGUCUGUCAGCAACGUCACCUCCUUCUUCCCCAAGGACACGGCGUAUGUGCUCUUCUACCGGCAGCGGCCCGGGGAGGGGUCUGAGGAGGGGCCUGAGGCUGAACCUGGCUCCCCCCGCACCCGGGCAGAGCCCAGCCUCCACAAAGACUUGAUGGAAGCCAUUUCUAAAGACAACAUCCUUUACCUGCAGGAGCAGGAGAAGGAGGCACGGAGCAGGGCCGCCUACAUCUCUGCACUCCCUGCAUCUCCGCACUGGAGGAGGGGCUUUGACGAUGACAAAGAUGAGGAUGAAGGCCCUCCCGGGGGCUGCAGCCCUGCAGGUGGCACUGGUGGCGACUUCCACAGACUGGUCUUCUAACAUGAACCCUCCUCCCCCAGCCUGCUCGCACUUGUGGUGGCCUCACAGCCAACCUUGGGUGGCGGGGGUGUCCUGAACCCCUUCCUUCUGGGAGCAGGGUGGGGGCCCAGGACCUGGGCAGGAGUGCUCUGCCAGGUGGGGUCUGAAGGAGGCUGUGGAGGCCGGUCCAGUCCUGAAGGUAGACCUGUCCAAGGACAAGAAAGGUGGCGAGGGGGC